CACACAUUCAUCAUGGGCGCAGGAGCAUCGAAAGCAGCCCGCCGCCUCCCUACCAAGGCGCCAACAGCGACGACAAGCGGGACGGCUGACGCAGCAAUGCGCGCCAGCCGCGCCGCAGCCGCGGAGCAGGCCGCAGCAGACGCGGCGCAGCCCCCGCCUCAGCCGGCGUCUCGUGGGCUCGAGUACGGCUCGCCGCGGGCCGAGGACGCGCCGUUCUCGGGCGAGAAGGACGACCAAAUCCUCCGCGACGGCAUGGACCCGCAGUUCCUCGCGAAUUUGUCGCGGAUGGGACAGGUUCGCGUGCCAGAAGCCUCGGUGCAGGUCCCGGCACGCGCACAGCGCACUCUGCAUGCGCGCAAUCCCGCCUACACAACACGGACACUGACGCCGCCGCCGGGAACUAUGUCGGCCCAGACGCUGAGUGCUCUGUUGGAUGCGUUCAAGAGUCUUCCUCCUGGCCGCGAUGCCGAGGCGCUGUACAAGCGCGCAGGGAUGACCAAGGACCAGUUGGCGGGCGUGAGGCGGUGGGUCAACUCGCCCAGCGUUGCGGACGAGGCGACACGGGUUGAAGAAGGCGCGAGCCAGGUCGUGCAGCAGAUCGUCGAGUUGAAAGCUGUGUGGGUGGAUGCGCGGGAUAGGGACGCACCGAAGAAGUAGUAGGUGUACACUAUGCAUGCUCAGCUCUAUGAUACAGUGAGUGGGGAUGUCAC